AAAUAUUAACCACACACAGCACGCCCCUCGUGCUGCUCCCCACAAUUGCCAGAUUUUCGUUGAUCCUAUUGUACACUUCCAAAUCUUGCGUGGCAAGCAAGCGGCACCACGCGUAAUUUGGGACUUCAACCAGGGCGCGAGCGCGAAUGCCUGGGCAGGAUUACGUGGUGCACCGCCACAAGCUCCCACCAAUUCACUUCAGCCCAAGCUGAUGGUUCAUAAAGUAUGCUGCUUGCUGCCACAGCAUUUAAGCUCCACAACCUACAUUGACGCCGUGCGGCUCGAGUGCUAGUUUAAUCUGCCUCGAACUCAAUCUGUCUCCAUACCUCACACUUUUGACUGCGAAAUACCAGCUCCAAUGUCCGCACCGGCGAUUGAAGCAAAGUCACUAUCUUCGCUAACCACUCUUGCGUCCAACCCACCAUCAUACCCAAGAAAUCCUACGCACGUGAGACAUGAACCAUUAGUGUUAUAUAUCGCUCGCGUUCCCGGAAGCAGAGAUGUCUUCCUUAGUCCUAUGAAGCCGCGCGACAGGGUCGUUACAGCGGAGGACAUCCAGAGUUCUCUCUAUUUUGUACACAUUGAGCAACCAGAAGAUGUUCGUUUCAUAAAUCCCUUUCCGGGUUCAUCGGCAGCAAGUCCGCGAGCAGAGUCGCCAAAUCUAGGAUCUACUCCAAAUUUCCAGAGAAGGCCAGCCCCAGGAGGAUUGGUUUCCCCACUGACAGCUUCUGCACCGAAACGCAAACCCGUUCCAGGAACUUUGGCUCCUCAGAGCUUGAAUGUUAGAAACGAUUCACAGGAUGCACAACUGUCUCCGCAUCAGGCCAAUCUGCUAAGCCCCGACUAUCAUCAGCGUCGGUCUUUUGACUCGAGUCGCCAUCAAGAAACACAGAGGCCCUCUCCACCGUAUUCACCGUUCGAUCAAAGCACAGAAUCUGGGACCUCUCUUACCCUCAUUCGGCGUGAUCCUGGAUCGGGGGCGCAAUGGAAUGUUGCUCGGAUAGCUGACCCCCAUAUGUCGGAAGUGUCUUCAUUCUCGAGCAAUGAGUUGAGUUCAAAACGCAAGACAGCAACACCUUUCCACGUCGAAAUCCAUAAUCCGGGCUAUUCGAAGUUCUUACACUCUAAUCCACAAUCGCCAUUGAUCAGUCGCCCUACCAGCUCUUCAUUACGCCCCAAUAGUCAAGGAGGUGCUCAUCCCAUGCCUCCUACCCCACAAUUUCCCAACAGUCCAAAUUCAGAGAACGCCGAUGGAAUAUUCCGUCGACGAAUCUGGAUGGAGAAUUCUAAGUAUGGAAGCUCAGAUUCUGGUCAUCGAAAACAUAAUUCGUAUGAUGCCAACGCAGGGUAUCAGAGCAAUAGAGGCAGCGUUGAAUGGCCAAAUGAUAGAUCGUCAAUGGACCUUCGCCCACCCCCAUCUCCAUCAUACUUGACACGGGACGAUACCUACGAUUCCAUACCGGCAGCAGAGAAGCAGUCGCCCUUCCGAGGAUAUGUAUUCAUGACUCCGUGGAAUAGUCGAUGCGAAUUCGUCACUGGGACCGGUGGCGGGUCGCUGAAAUGUCGUCACAUAGUCCCCGGGCUUCAGGGUAAUCCUCCCACGCCGAUGCCUGUGAGCGAGUUGAGGUUCAAUCUACCAAGUGCUUCCCGAGAUGAAUCGAAGAGAUCUUCUAUCUUCCAUCGUCCGCGACAUAGCCGCAACAACUCAUCCGUUUCGGAAAUGGAUCUAUCAUUGGGACAAGAAUUUGCGGGUGGGGGCUUCGGGGGACGACAAGCUAAACUCGGCAAGCUUAUCAUCGAGGAUGAGGGCUUGAAGAUGCUGGAUCUUUUGGUUGCAGCCAAUAUUGCUUUGUGGUGGAGGGCGUAUGAGAAAGUUUGAGCGAAAUCAAGCCUUGAAAGGUGGCACGAUGCUGCUGCGGAUCAAGCAACCCCUUUUCUUGAUAUAUGCCAGACAUGAGAGGACCAAGCCUUGGGGAGACAUGAUCUCAAUGCAUUAGCCGGCGUGCUUUCUCUGUAUUUUGGUGCACUUUUGCUAAGCGAAUCCAGUAACAGCAAACGGGGUGAUAGGUAGUGUACAACUAUGUCCGCGAUUCGGAGCUGCAGAACAUAAUUAAUGCAUUUACAAUACAUUGAUGGAGGC